AUGGGGAGGCCAAUAGUUGAUGUGCGCCACGUUGCGGAUGGCGAGUUUCACUUCAAUACCACCGCAAUAGUAGGGAAGAUCCCAAAUCCAGUCAUCCAGCUUCUUGUCAGACAGAUUCAGAAGAUUCUAGCUGAUACGAAGUAUGUCAACGUCACUGUUACCAUCGUAAAAGCGCCACCUCUUGAGGAAACCGUGGACCCGCAAGGUAGAGUCGGUUUUAGACUUAAACACGACGAUCCGCAGAAAAGAGGGCCUGAGAUCGAGAUCAGAACCCUCGAUGGUCUCCUGGCUGGAUCAUAUACGUUGGCUAUGACUAGAACCGGAAUCGCCGCCAGUUUCCCUCCUCCAAGGCAAUUGCUUAAACAAGUCACCUGGGGCCGCAACAAGGCGAAUCGGACACAACCAGCAGCCGUGGGCUAUCCAGCACAACCAACGGCAAUCGGCUAUCAAGGUCAGCCUGCAGCAAUCUCAUAUCCAAGUAACCCAGGUGCCAUGGGUUAUGGACAGGCUACUAGAGGCCUUGACGAGCAGCGACAAGGUUACGGACAGGCUCCUCGGGGGUUUGGAGGCCAGCCAAGUGGUAAUGGACGAGCCCCUGGGCCCCUCCGACAAGGUUAUGGACAAACCCCUCAGAAAUUCGAUGCGCAAAAACUUCCUGGACAGGCACCUCGGACUUUUGGCGGCCAACAAGGACAAGCCCGUCACGGGUUUGAUGCGCAACGAGACGUUCACGGUCCAGAUGAACGGGGCUUUGGCGGGCGCCAGCCGGAACCUGGCCUACCAAGGACAGAUUCAGCUCGUUUUUACAGUUCAGCCCCUACUGGGCUUCAGCCUCCAAGACCUGUUGCCGCAUCGAGAAUGCCAACAUCUUCAGCACCAAGACGAGCUCCAGUACCUCCAAACGCAUUCUCUCGACCUCCAGCUGGUCAUGGCCAGGCUGGAGGCCAGCAACAGCGCUUUGACAACAACCCCAAACGUGAGAAAAGCAGUGGUGGCGGUUGCUGCUCCGGCGGUGGCGACGAUGACGAGGACGGCCAGCGUCAAGGUCGUAAUGGGCAGCCUCAACGAGGUUAUGGCGAUCGCCAAGGACGACAACAGGGCUUCAACAAGAACUCCAGACGCGAAAAGAGUGGUGGCGGUUGCUGCUCAGGCGGUGGUGACGAUGACGGCGGUGCUCCUGCGAGAUCAGCAUAUGACAGGUUAGGAGAUCCGAAGGAAGACAGAAAGAAGUUUGAAAAGGAGAGGAACAAGAGGGAAAAGGAAGAGCGGAAGAAGAUGGAGGAAUGGAGGAAGACUCAGAAGAAGAAAGGGAAGAACACUGGUGGCUACAGCGCCCCAGAGAAAUCCGGCUUCUAUGAUGAUAAGCAGAGCGACGGUGGUUGCUGUGGAAUGAGCUGCUGCUGA